CGGGGCGGGCAGCUCUUGGGGGCGGCCUGGGCGGUAGGGCCGGUUCCAGCCGCCGACAGCGGCCGGCUUGGAAGGCCCGGGGAGCCGGGAGGGAGCGGUCAUCUGCGCUCUCGGCUCUCGCAGCCCCGAGGGCCCUCUCGCAGGGGUAGGCGGCAUGUUCCCGGUUCGGGCCGGCGCGUCCCGCUCUGGGCGAGCCUCCUGUCCUGGAGGGCCUCACAGAAGUGAGUUGUAUGAAGACGUUCCACCAGUAUGCUGGCCUAUCGUAUAUUCUCCAGACUACAACAUCACUUUCAUGGGACUGGAGAAACUGCAUCCCUUUGAUGCAGGGAAGUGGGGAAAAGUAAUCAACUUCUUGAAAGAAGAAAAACUAAUUGGAGAUGACUUGAUUGUACAGGCACGGGAAGCUACGGAUGAAGAUCUUCUGGUUGUUCACACGAGGCGCUACCUUAAUAAACUAAAGUGGUCAUUUGUUGUGGCUACAAUCACAGAAAUUCCACCGGUUCUCUUCCUUCCCAACUUCCUUGUUCAGAGAAAAGUUUUGAAACCUCUGCGAACCCAGACAGGAGGAACAAUAAUGGCAGGAAAACUUGCUGUUGAUAGAGGCUGGGCAAUCAAUGUGGGAGGUGGCUUUCAUCACUGUUCAAGUGACAAAGGUGGAGGGUUUUGUGCAUAUGCUGAUAUCACACUGGCUAUUAAGUUCUUAUUUGAGAGAGUACCAGGGGUGUCCAAAGCCACGAUUAUCGAUCUGGAUGCUCACCAGGGAAAUGGCCACGAGAGGGAUUUCAUGGAUGAUCAAAAAGUAUAUAUUAUGGAUGUGUACAAUAGAUAUAUUUAUCCGGGGGAUGGAUUUGCUAAACGUGCCAUAAAACGCAAGGUGGAAUUAGAGUGGGGUACAGAGGACACAGAAUAUCUUCAGAAGGUACAUACUCACGUGGAAGGAGCGUUAAAUGAACUAAAACCUGACAUCAUUGUUUAUAAUGCUGGGACUGACAUCCUGGAUGGCGAUCCAUUGGGAGGACUUGCUAUUUCACCUCAGGGAAUUGUGAAGAGAGAUGAAGUCGUAUUCAAGGCUGCCAGAAGCCGCAGAAUCCCGAUCCUGAUGGUGACAUCUGGAGGCUACCAGAAGAGGACAGCACGGAUUAUUGCUGAUUCUAUCCUCAAUUUGCACAACCUGGGGCUUAUUGACAAGGAAUUAGUGGCCAGUGAAGCUGAAAAUCCCAAGGUAGAAAAGAUGAUUAGGGACACCGUUACAGACUUAACCAACUUGUCACUGUAAUAAUAAGUUACUAAAUUUUAGGAAAAAAAAAUACUGUUUUAGGAGCAGGAAGUCUUCGCAUCAUUAUCAAGGUUAAUAUAAGAAAUUCAGAAAGGACUCAGCUUGCCUUUAAAGUAACGUGUUGCAGAUUAACUGUGUUUAACCUCUGAAACUAUCUUGAGCAAAGGCAACAAAUCCUUUUUGAGCUAAUUUAGACGUACUCAAGGGGACCUUAUUUCAGUUUAUAAUAUUACUGUAGAAAGCUUUAAUUGCUUCUUAUUGUUAUAGGUAGUCUAUUAUAUUGAAAGAACUAUGUAGUUGUUAUCCAAAGACUGUCCCAGACCUAUUUCACAUGAUACGGUUCUGACAGUGGUGGGAGUAACCUGGACUAAACCUAUUGUCAUUUUUCUUAAAUACUGCAUUUAUUGCCUUUGUGUGUGUGUGUUCUGCACAGUCUUCAACUGUCGAUUUAACACUAGUGUGCAAUACUGUGGAAAACGGUUCAGUUGCUUGGCUUUUAAGCCACAGCCUAUUUAGAAUGGAAGUUCAUUAAUUUGUAUUUUAUUUUUAUUAAUGAUAGUGACUUGAUAGUACUUUUAAACAGAUCAGGAAGUAGAAUAUGAAAUAUCUUUGGCUUCUUAUGCAAAUGAGUGGUAAGGGCUCAACAUUAAGUCUGGUUUUUGCCUCUCUUAAAAUGAGGCCUGCAUAUAAAAAGCAAUAGUUACUAUGCAUCGUAAAUCAGAUU